AUGGCGGAUCGGGAGAGAAGUCGAUCACCGCGUCGACGGGAUCACGGUGACCGAGACCGCCCUAAGAAAACGGGUGGACUUCGCUGGAAGGAAAAGCGCCGCGAUGAUGAAUCCCGCGGAGAUGAUCGACGCCUAGACCGAGGAUACAGGGACCGAAGCGACCGUCCACGAUCACCACGCAGAGAUCGCGAUGGUGAACGCUCGGGAGAUCGAUACAGAGAUGGCCCCCGUGAGCAUGAGUCGAGGAGGUGCGAUGCCCCGCGAGACGACCGCGAGAAGAAAGUCGAGAAGAAGGAGAAGAAAGAGAAGAAGCCCGCAAUGCCGCAGUCAUCGGAGCCUAUGAUCGUGGUUCAUGUCAACGAUCGGCUGGGUACUAAAGCGGCCAUUCCUUGCUUGGCCUCAGAUCCCAUUAGUGAGUCUGAGCAACGUCCCAAUGUCAUCGUGUUUGACAUGAUUCGCGUUGCCGCUCGAAUUGGUCGAGAGCCUCACGAGAUUCUUCUCAAGCGCCAGGGAGAAAGGCCAUUCAAGGAUCAAUUGACAUUAGAGGACUAUGGCGUGAGCAAUGGAGUUCAGCUUGACUUGGAAGUGGGAACAGGCGAUUAA